CACAGUUUUAUCUGUCGCAGUAAGCAGUGAUUAUAAAAGAAGAGAACAAAUAUCUAACUAUUUUAAUCAGUGAAUACGAGAAAUUAUGGGAGAAAGAACGAAGAAGGAUCGUGAGAAAGUCGAAAAUAUGGCACCUACAAAGCAGACUGUGCACAAGAAGAGAACAGAAAGAAUCGGAUCAAGAAGAAGCCAAAAAUUCGAGAUAGAGUAUGACACAGUGGAAUACGUAAACAGGACAGGGAAUGAAUUGCUUGCCAACUGGAAGUGUUUAAUUCAAGAAAAAGAGGAAGCAAUCCAUACAACCUCCAACAAGCUACAAAACAUGCAACCAAGCAAACUUUCCGAGAAUAGGCUGAGGCAAGAAAUAGAGCAAUGGAUCGAUUUUAUUGAGGCUGACAGACAUGUCAUGAAGCGAUGCAUGCACAAUUUACAAAUCUCCAUGAAAGAAAGGCUUCAUUACUUAAGGACACAGAAACAGUUUUUUCUUGAUAAACAGAAAACCCUGAAAAAUGUUUACAAAACAAUUGAAAGGAGCAACCGCUCAAGAAUUCAAAAUCCUUUUUCAAAAUUCCUUCUUCACGUGAAACGCGAACAUAACCAACUGUUCAACGAGGAACUUCUGAUUUCUUCAAAUGGUAGCUUAAACAAGUAUAAAAGAAAAAUGACCGAAGCCAACGCUGUCAUUAUUGAUGACACCACAUUAUAUAUUGGGAGAACUGGUAGAACACGUGUAAUGACACCAAUCCAUGAAAAUAUACUAGAAUCCGACAAGUGCAUUACAGGCGAGUGUGUUGACUCUUGCUGCACAUUGCGUAGAUCCGAGUCAGAACUGAGUUUCCUGAAUCAUGAACUUGAAGUUGAGUAUGAGAUGUUUGAACUAUCUAUGAAAAGCAAGGAAACUGAAAAUUAUUCUAGAAAGGAGGAGACACAAAGGAACGAGCUCCAAAAGCAUGCUAAGAGAUCGAAAAUUUCUCUUACAGUAAAACUGCCACAAUUGCUAGGUAAGGAGAAAAUGAAAUACGAGGAAAAGUAUCCCUCUACUCCAGUAAAACUACCACUACUGCUACCAAACAAGAAUCUUAAAUACGUGGAAGAGUUAUACUCAGAGACUCUAAAACGACAACCAUUGUUACCUAACAAGAAGAUGAUAUACGCGAAAGAACUACAUGAAACUACUCUUAAACUACCACCAGUGUUUCCUGACAAAGAGCAAACAUGCGUGCAAGAACACCCCUUCACUAAUCGCCCUGGUACUCACAAACUGCUUCCACCAUUGCAGCACUUGCCACAAAACUCCAAAAAGAAAUUAAUUGUAAACAAGAUCAGAGAUGAAAAGAAAGAUAAAAGUAAACAUAUGUCAACAGAAUCAAUGUCUAAACCAGCACCACAGCAACCAGAUGAGACAACAGCUUCCAAUGAAAUUUUUGAUAUGAGCCUAGAAUUAGGUUCUAUAAGGCCAAAAUGGAAAAAUCAAUAUAGAAAUUUUAGGCUGCAAAAGACAUCUCGUAAAAUUAACUACGCCAGUAAUAGAAAGUACCGAUUUUCAAGACUGCAUCUUUCAUCUGAUGAAAAAUGCUUUAUCCCUAAAAGCAAAAGUGAUAAUGAAAAGAAAGAGAAAAGUGAAGUUAUUCCAACGCAAUCAACGUCAAUAUCAGCUCCACAGAAAACCAAUGAGACAACAACAAACGGUGGAGCUUUAGAUAUGAACUCAGAAUUAGCUUUGAAAAGGAUAAACUGGGAGAAUAAGUUUCCAACUUUUAGGCUGCAAAAGACAUCUAGUAAAGAUCGCUACAUCUCUGAGAGAAAGUACCGAUUUUCCAGGCUACAUAAGGCAUCUGAUAAAUGUUGCUAUAUACCUAAAAGCAAAAUUGAAAAAGUAUGCAAAAUCGUUACUGGAAAAUAUUGUGCCAGAGAAAGACAGAAAAAGGAUGUCAAAAAGCAAACAUAUAUAGAAAACCCGGACAGCUACCCAGAACCAGAUCAAGUUCAUACUUGGUCACUAAAUUUGAAAAAGAUGUUAAUUGUAAAAAAGAUGAGUAAUGAAAAGAAAGAUAAAAGUGAAGUUGUGAAAUCAGUGCCUUUAUCAUCACCAGAGCAGACUGAUGAGACAACAGCGUCACAUAAAAUGUCUAAAUCAAAACAACAGCAGGCCAAUGAGACAAUAGCUUCCAAUAAAAUGUCAAAACCAGAACCAGAGCAGAUUUUUGAGAAUAUAAGAGAGCAGAUAGAAAGAGAAAAAUCAGUCAGCAACAGUGAAGAAGACCAAUAUGAUCGUACUAUGAUGGAUAUUGCAGUGGGUGAUACAUAUCCAACUGAAGACAUCUUUAACAAACUGGAUGAUAACGAACUGAUUGGGUUUUAUCAGGUGCAAGAAAAAGAUCUGUUUCCUGUCAUCGAAAAUAUGAGUUACAGCAAAGCGAUAGAAGUAUUUAAGAAACUGCAUGAUAAGUAUAUUGCAGUCAUUCAAAGCAUAAGUGAUACCUUAGAUGACAUUCAAAGCUCGAGCUCAGAAAGUACAAUAGGCGAUUUUGAAGGUGCAGGAGAAAAUGGUGGUACAUUGAAAUCAGCCAUGAAAACAUUUGUGAAAAAACUUAUUCCAGAUUGCAUAACGAACGGAAACCAAAGUCAACCAACAGAAACUCUGUCUUCAAAUUGGCAAAUUAUAAAAGUCCUUUCUGGAACGAAUAUCAAGACACAAACUAUUCAUAUGUCACCUGCACAAUUUAAUCCUAUGCCACCAAAUGCACCAAAACCAAAAACAUCAAACGCCAGACGUAACCGAUAUCGAAUAAAAAUGGAUGAAAAUAACAAUCCACCAGACUCCCAAAAUUAA